AUGUUUCUUCUAAUAUGCGUAUUUUAUAUUUUGGUGGGUAAUGCUGUGAAUGCUGAUUCAACUAAUAAUCAGGAUAUAUCCUCGUACACUCAUGCAGGGAAGAAUAUAAAAAAAAAUGAAGGGGCUCUAGGGUUUUAUGCAGCUUUGCACAGUAAUCCUCCGCCAAUAAAUUUGACGUUCUACGAAAAGGACGAAAAUCAGGUUAGAGUACCGACAAAAUUCUAUGAAGAGCACAAGAAGAAGAAAAAGAUUAAGAAGUCACCUAAAAGAACUAUUCAGAAAAUUAUAAAAAAAGGCAAGAAUAGAAGCAGAAAAAUUUACGUAAACCCCAUCACAAGGCUGCCAACUGUAGCAUCACAAAAACUUGAAGUUCAAGACAGUGAUACCAACAUAGAGGAAAGUACAACCGAAAACCAUAAGAAAAAGUACAGAAAGAAUUCAAAAGUACCAAGAUAUCCUAUGCCAUUCCAUAAAUUACAGCAAAAACCUUCACAUUUCAGGAAUAAAAGGGAAAUAGAUAGAAAAGAUGUAUUCAUAAUUAAAGAUUUAGAUGAAAUGGAGUUUCUACACAGAGGCGAUGAUUACGAUGUUAUUAAGACUCAUGUUGGAAAAUAUUGG